AUAACUCCUCCUCUAGAAUCGAAGUUGAGAAAUCAAGAAAAAACUGACGUCAUAUCGUUUUAGAUAAACAAUAUACAAUAGAGUGAUAAUGUCACUUCAGUUAGCGGUGUGAAGCGGAUAUGUUGGCCGUGAUGAGAUUGGUCUGUCUGGCAUCCAUUUUAGUAGGACAUAUAGAUAGCAGAGAAUUUCGUAAUGAAUCAAGGAUAUUACCGCCUCACUUACUUUUCGGAGCUGCUACAGCGGCGUACCAGAUAGAAGGGGCUUGGAACGAAGACGGUAAAUCUGAAAGUAUAUGGGACCGCGUCACACACUUGAAACCUUGUGUUAUAGCAAAUUGUGACACAGGUGACGUGGCCGAUGAUUCUUAUCAUCAAUAUAAACGUGAUGUGGAAAUUAUGCGGGAGCUAGGCCUCGACUUUUACAGGUUUUCUCUCUCCUGGACAAGAAUAUUGCCAACGAGUUUUCCAGAUCAAAUUAAUGAAAAAGGAGUGCAAUAUUAUAAUAAUUUGAUCAAUGAAAUGCUCAAACACAACAUACAACCCAUGGUGACUCUUUCUCACUUUGAUAUACCUCAGAAGUUGCAAGAUCUGGGAGGGUGGAUCAACCCUUAUAUAGUUGAGUGGUUUACCGAUUAUUCAAGGGUAGUUUUUAAUUUGUUUGGUGACAGAGUUAAAUAUUGGGUAACUAUUAAUGAACCUCGAGAGGUUUGUCAGGGAUACGGAAUGCAAACUAUGGCACCACUUCUAAAUUAUUCUGGAUAUGCUGAUUACAUAUGUGCCAAAAACAUACUUUUAGCUCAUGCAAAUGCCUAUCAUUUGUAUAAUGAUGAAUUUCGUGAAGCCCAGGGUGGUCAGAUAGGUAUAACAUUAAGCGCACAAUGGUAUGAACCUGAAUCAGAAAAUGAGGUGAAAUCUGCAGAUGACUUACUACAAUUUGAGGUGGGUAUUUAUGCCAAUCCAAUAUUUUCAAAACUGGGCGAUUUCCCGUCAGUCGUUAAAGAAAAAGUAGCGGCAAAGAGUCAGAUGCAAGGCUUUCCACGAUCGCGACUACCAGAAUUAACUCCUGAGGAAAUUGAUUUCGUUAAAGGAAGUUCCGACUUCUUUGGAUUAAACCAUUAUACUACAUUUUUAGCUUAUGGAUUAAAGUUUCCAUUAGAAUAUCCUACAUUCUAUUAUGCUGAUAUCGAAGUCUUACCUUAUCAACCCGAUGACUGGAACUCAAGUGUUUCAAAAUGGUUGAAGGUAGUACCCUGGGGAUUUUAUAAGGUGCUAACUAAAAUACGAGAGGAAUACAAUAAUCCACCGGUUUUUAUUACUGAAAAUGGUUACGCGUCUCCUCGUGGUCUCAUAGACGACGACCGCAUCAACUUUUAUAGAACAUAUAUUAAUGCUAUGCUCGAUGCUAUAGAAGAUGGAAGUGACGUUAGGGCUUACACUGCAUGGAGUUUGAUGGAUAAUUUCGAAUGGAUGAAUGGAUACACUGAACGUUUCGGACUGUACGAGGUGGACUACGAGAGUCCUGAACGCACCCGCACUCCUCGCAAGUCUGCUUACGUGUACAAGGAGAUGCUGCGCACACGAACACUGGACUAUCAUUAUGAACCUGACAUGAGCUUGGGAAUGAAUGUCGAUGAUAAUUAACUGAAAUAGAAAGUGACGUAAAAUUUAAAAUAAAAUAAAUUGAUAAAAUGAUUUUUAACUA